UCUAUUUUUGUCCCCUUUUUGGUCCCUAAUCGUCGCUGAUCUCUGUUUUUCUGGUACUUUAUGGGUUCUUCUUUGUCUAGAACUCGAGGUGAUUCUGGGGUGGGAACUUCUGGUCAAAGAAUCCCCGAUUCCAACUGUGAUUGGGGAUCCAAGUGCAACUGUCCCAAUAACGAGCAUUCCUACUCCGCCGAAUAUAAAAACAAUAUGUAUUUGGCCCAAAAAGAAAAUACGAGUACUCGAAACUAUUUGGAAGAAUGGUUUCGGAAGAGGGAAGUGGAGCCAGGAGAGGAGGUUGAGUCAAAAUAUGACGAUCGGAAACCCACUCCCUCAGAUCUGCGUUUUUUCGGUGAAGGAGAUUCCGAUGAGGAACCAAGUGGGUCUGAUUCAUUUGAUCUGGUGUAUGUUGGAGAGUGUGAAAAUGAGAAUGGUGAUGCUGUUGGGUCUCCAGGACAACUUUCAUCUGGUUAUCCCUCCUCAAAGAAAGGAGAAAAGGGAAAAAAAUCGGCUUCAGCGUCUGAUGAUGCUUAGAUAAGUCUGUCUCCUUUCUCCCUUUUUUCAUUUUAUUGAAUGCUGGCUAGCUGUGGAGUCAUAAGGUGGAUGCCAACAACUGUGAUCUGUUGUUGGCCAGGGGUGUUGUUGUUUGGAUGAUGAUGUUGUGAUUAGUUGUAUGGAUGUUGAUGUUAGAUAAUGAUGUUAUGAAAUUGAUAUUGAUAAUGAUGAUUGGAUGAUGGUGUUUCCAUAUGGUUAUGAAAUUUUGUGGAAUGUUGUCUGUGUGAUGAACAUGAUUUGAUGGCUUAAUGUCCCCUGUUUUAUGGUAUGUUUUGUGUAUGAUAAAUAUGAUGCUUUGGUGAGUAUGAGAUUUGAUCAGUAUAACU